CAUAUCUUGUCUUGUACUCUGGUACACAUGUUGCUCCAUGUUACUCAAAGUGGUGAGUGACAAGAACGACAAGAACCCCUUCUCGGUUUCCUUCAAAACAUUGUGUUGCCGUGUUUAUUGUUUGUAUUCCUCACAUGUGCAAACGUAAGCAUGGGAAACGAUAAUUCAGAGGCGAUUGUCAAAAACUUUGAAAACAUGCUGUCCAAGGAACCAAAUAUGUCUCCAGCUGUCACGGCGUUGCGUGUACUUCUGGAAUUCUUGGAGAAAGACACUUCGAAGACCAUCAACGGUUUGAUCGAGGAGUUGAAAUCUGCCGCUGACGCUAUGGUAGCAGCGAAACAAGCUGUCAUCUGCGUUCGUUCUGCCUGCGAACUUUUCCUUCGCUUCGUGACUUUGAUCAAACUGGACGACGACAUCGACGAAUGCAAGAAGCUCAUGUCCACACGGGGACGGACCUACCUGGAAAAAAUCGACGCUGCCCGACCCAAAAUCGCGCGUCUCGUAGUGCCUUUCAUCCUCGACCGAUCCACCAUACUGACACACUCGACGUCGCGCGUCGUCAGGGAUACUCUCUUGGAAGCCGCGAAAGGAAGCAAACAUUUUCACGUUUACAUCACCAAAUCCGCACCGGAUGACAGCGGCAAGCAUCUAUACGAUGUCCUCGAGAAGAACGGUAUAAGUUGCACGCUGAUCGUGGACGCUGCAGUGGGGUACAUCAUGGAAAAGGUUGACGUGGUUCUCGUCGGAGCAGAAGGCGUCGUUGAAAGUGGCGGAGUCAUCAACAAGAUUGGGACCUACACGUUGGCCAUGUGCGCGAAGGAGAAAAACAAGCCGCUGUACGUGCUUGCGGAGAGCUUCAAGUUUGUCCGCAUGUACCCUUUGAAUCAGAGGGACCUCGCGGGCAGCUUGCGCCAGACGGAGGAAUCUACCGCGAUGGUGGAUUACACUCCGCCGGCGUAUGUGACUUUGCUGUUCACGGAUUUAGGUAUUCUAACACCUUCCGCCGUGAGCGACGAGCUCAUCAAGCUGUAUGUGUGAAAUAAAAGCUCUGCGCAAAAGCUGUGUCAAACGCGAAUCGGAUAUGUGGCGUAGAAAGUGAUUGUAUCGGAAGCAAUAAUGUACCGCAUGCAGACGUAACACCUAACAACAAAGCUCGCUAUGCUCCAAAGCGUAACGUAGCACAGUCUAGAAUUGUAGCAAGACGGGUUGCUAGCACGUAUUACUGCGAGUGUAUCCCUUCUGAGGCCAGAAUAUGGAAGCAGAACCGCCACGUUAAUGAACAUCUCGACGAGUUUAAACUUGGCCAGAUAGGAGCAUCGGUGAAGCAACGUCGGGGCAGAAAGAUGGCUUGCUAAGUUCAUACCUUGUAGCCCGAGUUUGGGAUUCAAGACUCACCCUCAAAGACCUAUCACAGCUGACUGUGAGGUUGUCCUUUAUGCAGGAGCACUCGACAUUUCACAAACAAGUGUCCUUCUCCACCGGCAUGUGCUCAGGAACAUCAGGACGUGUCAUCAUGCGUAUUGUGACAUGUGAUGAAAAUAUCUUUUCUAGACACGGUUUCACCAACGUUGGUUAAGUGUGGACCGAGACCAAGGGUUGCUAAAACUUGAAAUUAACACUCAAUUCUCUUUCACAAACGUUAGCUAGUGGUGAGAUGAAUAUCUUAGUGGCAAUGACUCCCUUUAACGAAGCAGAAUUAAGCUUUAAAUUACAGUUAACGGACUGUUGAUUUCGGUUCAAAUGUUAACGGUGAUGAUGGUUCGGUUCAAGUGUUAAUGAUUGGUGAAACCGGGCCUUAGUAAUUUUCGCAGAGAAAUGAAUGGCUCGACCCAAGUCUUCUACCACAGUCUGUUGCUCAAACUGGGAGGGCUCUGCACAAAGUGAUGAUGCACGUGUGGUGAUACAUUAAAGGGGUUGUGAAACCAU